AUGUCGGCGCGGGACCGGGAGACGAUCGAGGCGCUCGCGCGCGUCGCCGCCGCGCUGGACGGGGCGGUGCUCGGCCUCGGCACGGCGGCGCUCGCCGUCGCCUCCCUCGCCAAGUACCUCGCCGCCUCCGGGGCGCUCCGGCGCAUCGCCGAGGCGCCGGCGGUGGCGAUCCCGGACAUCCGCUACUCCCUCCUCUCGGGGCUCGGCGAGGGCGAGUCGCGCCUCGCCGUCGUCCGCGGCCUCGUCCGCUCCCCGCCCGGGGGCACCUUCCUCAUCCCCCCGGGCUCACGCGAGCACUGCGUCGUCACCAGGCACACCCAGACGUGCUUGUUCGGCGAAUGGAGAGGCAUCUUUGGAUGGACUUUUGAUCUCCAUGCUCUCUUCUUUAAAUCGUUGAAAGAGCAAAUUAUAACAUCAUUUAGAUGGGUUCCGUUUGUUCUUGUGGAUCCUGAGAAGCCACUGGGAAUGGUGCAUGUGAAGUUAGAUGGGACAGUUCAGCAAGCAUUACCUCUUACAACCGUGUAUCAUAAACUUGUCCCAGUCGAGCAAAAUUCUUACACCCUAUUUCAGACUAUUGUUGGCAAUGGCUAUCCGAUUGCGUUAUUGGACGAGGAAAAGAUUCUUCCUAUAGGGAAGGAGCUUACAGCAAUAGGAUUAUGUCGAGUAAAUAAUCGGGGUGUUGAGAUCACCUCAUGCCCAGAGCUACCAUUUUUCUUGUCUGAUCUGACCAAGGGUGAGAUGGAAGCUGAGAUGUCUUCACGUGCUAGAGCGUUCUUCUGGAUUACUGUUGCCCUUGGAACUGUGUCAGUUGGCUUACUAGGCCAUGCCAUUUACAGGUUCUGGGAGAGAGUCAAACGGCACAGGGAGGCUAGAGAAGCUCAAGAAAGGUUUCACCAGGGCGACAAUGAAGAUGAUGAUGCUGUAGAAAAUGGCAGUGAUGACGACGAGCCUGCUGAAAUGGGAGACGGGCAAUUAUGUGUCAUAUGCUUAAGGAAAAGAAGGAAGGCAGUCUUUGUUCCCUGUGGUCAUCUCGUCUGCUGCUCCAACUGCGCAAAAAGGGUUGUACUCAUGGAUGAACAACUGUGCCCUGUGUGUAGGCAAGAUAUCGACCACAUGCUCAGAGUUUAUGACUCUUGAGGUUCCUUGCUGAUAGGGCCCAACCACUGGCAAGUCGCGAGUCUACAGCUGCCUCUCUGAUCCUGCGCGACCCCAAAUGUCCAUCCUUCUUUUGAUGCAAGCACUUUGGUAGUCUAGGUUACUAGCCUAAAAGGUUUUGUGAAUAUAUGAAUGUGCUAACCCUCAGAAACUGACUUGUCUUGACAAACUCGCUAGAAUUCUGCAUAGAUGCAUGGCCCAGAAUUACCUUGUUUUUUUGGGUGGUGUUAAAUGGAUGUCCUUCCAUGGUGUGCUGCUCCUCUCAGCAAGUAGUUUUUCUUUACCACUCUGUAGUCUGUACGCAGCAAUAUAAGUGUUCCUUAUGGAUGCAAAAAAUUGCCAUGCGUUGUCAUGGUUGUGUAUUA